GCCGCCCCGCCCCGCAGGAAACGGAGCCGCCCGGCCCCGCUCGGCGCCAGGGCGGGGAGCGGAGCCCGGCAGCGGAGCGUCGCCUUCCCCCGUCCCUUCAGCGGGAGCAGCCUCACCUCCCUCCCCGUGCCGCCCGGGCAACUUGUUGCCGCCGCCAUGGCCCCCCGCCCCGCCGCCGGCCCCUAGGCGGGGAGCGCGCAGCCCCUCAGGGGGUCUCUCGGCCGUUUCCUUCCCCUCAGCCCGCGGCGGGCCCCGUGAGGGGAGGGUGUGUGAGGGGGGGGAGCCGCGAUGUCCUUCUUUAACUUUCGCAAGAUCUUCAAGCUGGGCGGCGAGAAGAAGAAGAAGCAGUACGAGCACGUCAAGAGGGACCUGAACCCCGAGGAGCUGUGGGAGAUCAUCGGCGAGCUGGGCGACGGCGCCUUCGGCAAGGUGUUCAAGGCUCAGAACAAAGAAACAAAAGUACUAGCUGCUGCAAAGGUGAUUGAUACUAAAUCAGAAGAAGAACUUGAAGAUUACAUGGUUGAGAUUGAUAUUUUGGCAUCCUGUGAUCAUCCUAAUAUUGUUAAGCUCCUAGAUGCUUUCUACUAUGAAAACAAUCUGUGGAUCCUGAUCGAAUUUUGUGCAGGUGGAGCAGUAGAUGCAGUAAUGUUGGAGCUUGAAAGGCCAUUAACAGAGCCACAGAUCAAAGUGGUAUGCAGGCAGACACUGGAAGCAUUGAACUACUUGCAUGAAAAUAAGAUCAUCCACAGAGAUCUAAAAGCUGGCAAUAUUCUCUUCACAUUAGAUGGAGACAUUAAACUAGCGGAUUUUGGAGUAUCAGCUAAAAACACAAGAACAAUACAAAGGAGAGAUUCUUUCAUUGGUACACCAUAUUGGAUGGCUCCAGAAGUAGUAAUGUGCGAGACAUCUAAAGACAGGCCUUACGAUUACAAGGCUGACAUUUGGUCUCUUGGCAUUACUUUAAUAGAAAUGGCUCAAAUAGAGCCACCUCAUCAUGAAUUAAAUCCAAUGCGAGUGCUCCUGAAAAUAGCAAAAUCUGAUCCGCCUACAUUAGCACAGCCUUCAAAAUGGUCAUCAGAUUUUAAAGAUUUUCUGAAGAAAUGUUUGGAAAAGAAUGUAGAUGCAAGGUGGAGUGCAACCCAACUUCUACAGCAUCCGUUUGUUACUGUUACUUCCAAUAAACCGAUACGAGAACUGAUUGCGGAGGCUAAGGCAGAAGUUACAGAAGAAGUUGAAGAUGGUAAAGAUGAGGAUGAAGAGGAGGAAACAGAAAAUUCUCUGCAGUUACCUGCAGACAAGCGUGCAUCAUCAGAUCUUAGUAUUGCCAGUUCUGAAGAGGAUAAGCUUUCACAGAAUGCCUCUGUUCUGGAAUCUCUUUCUGAAAAAACAGAAAGUAAUGCAAUUGAGGAGAAAAACAGCACAAUAUUUCCAGAUGAUAAAACAAUUGGAGAUGAAUCUGAGGGCAUUAACAUCAGGAACACGAUUGAAAACAUCUCUGAUGCUACUGCUGAUGAUAUAAAAGUGCAGAAUGGUUCUGUGCCAACUGGUGAAGUUGAGCAAGGCAAACUAUUGCCAGCUGAGAAGAGUACAGAAAGUCUGGAAGAAGCACGUGAAAAUACAGAACCUCAGAAAGGAGGGAAAGAACUUGAUGCAGUAACAAAACCAGAAGUAAAUGAACAGAACCAAAAAACAGAGAAAGAAAAUGACAUAGGAAAUGUACAAGCAGAGGAAAAUAAAGUUAAAAUAAUGCCUACAGCUGAUAAUACUGUAGAAAUCAGAGAAGCCAUUUCUGAGGAAACUGGUGAAAAAGAGGAGGAAAACAGAAUAGAUCUCUCAGAAAGUAAGAAUGAAAAGGUCACCGCAGAUAAUACUAUAGAGCAAAAGGAAGAUGAAGCUCAGGAGGAGGCAAUGACAGACAUCACUACAGAAUCUGUACCUAGUGCUGAGGAUAAAGUGUCUGAUGAAGAAAAGGAACUAAUAAAGCAUGCAAAUGACAACAUUAAGGAGAUAGGUGGUACUGCUGAAACACAGAUCAUCGAGGGGGAUAAAAUACCCGAGAUGGUGGAUAAGCCUGUGGAAAGUCAGGCUAAGCAGGUCCGUGAGAUAAUCAGCUCUGAAGAAACUCUAUCAGAAAGCCAAGAUAAAGUGAUCAAAGCAGAUGAGAAGCUGGCAGAAAGUGAAAAUGAGGAUAUUUGUCAAAUAAGUAGCAUGGAGAAAACAGAGAGCAAAGACUCUGGAAAAGAUUAUAUGGGUCAGAAGACAAUGCAGGCCAAGCCUGAGGCUGUUUCUGAUAAGGCGGUGGAUAAACUGACGGAGAUGGACCAAACAUCAGAGGAGCACAGACCUGAGAAUAUCCAGGAAAACAAUAUUCAGAGAGACAAAGAACAGUUAGCAGUAACUUCUGAUGAAAUAAUGAAGAGUAAGCUUCAAGAUGCUACUGAAGAACAAGCUGAUGACUCUAAAGUCGCUCCUGUACCCAGUAUUAGUAUAAGCACUGAGGAAAAUGAUGAAAAGGUCAAAACAGAUAAUCAAGACAAUACUGAAACGUUGCAGCAGCUGGAAUCUGAAAAUCUCAAGGAAAAUGAUGCAGAUUCAGGCACGGGUUCUACAGCUGAUAACAGCAGCAUUGACUUGAAUUUGUCAAUUUCUAGUUUCCUUAGUAAGAACAAAGAGACAGGAUCAAUAUCUUUACAGGAAACUAGAAGACAGAAGAAAACUUUAAAGAAAACUAGGAAGUUUGUUGUUGAUGGGGUAGAAGUGAGUGUAACCACGUCAAAAAUAGUUACUGAAAAUGACUCAAAAAGUGAAGAAAUGAGAUUUCUACGGCGGCAAGAGCUAAGAGAGCUGAGACUUCUUCAGAAAGAAGAGCAAAGAGCCCAACAGCAGCUUAGUAACAAGCUCUUGCAACAGCGAGAACAGAUGUACAGACGUUUUGAACAGGAAAUGACAAGUAAAAAGCGACAAUAUGAUCAAGAAAUAGAAAAUCUAGAGAAGCAGCAGAAGCAGACAAUAGAGCGGUUGGAACAGGAACACACAAAUCGUUUACGAGAUGAAGCAAAACGCAUCAAAGCAGAACAGGAGAAAGAAUUGUCCAAAUUCCAGAACAUGUUGAAGAACAAAAAGAAGGAGGAGCAGGAAUUUGUGCAGAAGCAGCAACAAGAACUGGACGCAUCUCUAAAGAAAAUAAUUCAGCAGCAGAAGACAGAACUAGCCACUAUUGAACGUGAUUGCCUUAACAACAAACAGCAGCUCAUGAGAGCUCGUGAAGCUGCAAUCUGGGAGCUGGAGGAGCGACAUCUACAAGAGAAACACCAGCUCCUCAAACAGCAGCUCAAGGAUCAGUACUUCAUGCAGAGGCACCAGCUGCUUAAGAGGCAUGAAAAAGAAACGGAACAAAUGCAGAGAUAUAAUCAACGCCUUAUUGAGGAGUUAAAGAACAAGCAAACUCAGGAAAGAGCCAGACUGCCAAAAAUCCAACGAAGCGAAGCGAAGACUCGAAUGGCUAUGUUUAAGAAAAGUUUAAGAAUCAAUUCAUUAGCCUCUCCAGACCAAGAUCGUGAAAAAAUUAAGCAGUUUGCAGUUCAAGAAGAGAAGAGACAGAAAAAUGAGAGACUGGCUCAGCAUCAGAAACAUGAAAAUCAAAUGCGGGACCUUCAGUUGCAGUGUGAAGCAAACAUCAGAGAACUGCACCAGUUACAGAAUGAAAAAUGCCAUCUACUGGUUGAGCAUGAGACUCAGAAGCUAAAAGAGCUGGAUGAAGAGCACAGCCAAGAACUGAAGGAAUGGAGAGAGAAAUUGAGACCAAGAAAAAAGACACUGGAAGAAGAAUUUGCCAGAAAACUGCAAGAGCAGGAAGUUUUCUUUAAAAUGACUGGAGAAUCUGAAUGCCUUAACCCUUCAACACAAAGCCGGAUUUCCAAAUUCUAUCCAAUCCCCAGCCUUCACUCCACUGGGUCGUAACUCUGGGAACUGCUGUAGGUUUUUCAUAUUUGGAGUUCUUCAUCCUCAUCGUCUAACCUGAUCUAAUCUGUGGAGUACAUCAAAAGACCUGGCACUUUUUGUUUUCAGUGGAGACAAUCAGUGUCACGAUCAUUCUUUUUUUUUUUUUUUUUUUUUUACUACUUUGAAUGGAAGAAAAGAGAAAAGGAGUUGGUGUAUAAUGGUAAUGUGAUGUCCUUCAGAUGUUUCAAGAAUGUUUUUUUAUCUCAGUCUCAAAAGGUAUGUUAUCUAUGGUUUUGACUUUUAAGUAAGCCUAAAAUAUGAAUUAUAAUCUUUCUCAUCACAAAAAAAGGUUUCUUAUGUGAACAUUUAAACUGUAUAAUAUAAGUUCUGCUACUGUGUUUUUAAGUGUGUCAUUUCUACACAAGAGAAUUCCACAACUGAAACUGCCACAAGAGGUUUAAAAUGUUAGCGUUGAGCCGUGUCUUCAUAGUGAGGACUGAAACUAAUCGCUCAGAACAUGCCAAUAAUCAUAAAAAAUGAACCCUUGUGUUUAAAUAUGGUUGGUAACAGUAAAAACCUUUGCAACUUCUUUAAAAAAAGAAACCUCUGGCAUAAAUUAAACUGAGCUGAUCUCCAUUACAUAUUUUGUCCAUUAGUUCCAUAAUGAAAUGGGGUGCUAGUUUAAUUAAUACAGUGCCUGAAACACUUAGGUAUGCUAAUCCUGGCAACAGGGUAGUAUUUGUCACUUAUGAAACAAAAACAAAAUAAAACUCCUUUGCAUUGUUGUUACUGUACAAAACAGAAGAUUUCUUGCUGCUACUGCCAUUUUUGUUGUAAAUCCUCACCCUAAAAUAUUUUGCACUAAAAUAUGUAAAGGUGAAAGAAAUGCUAACUUUAAAAUGCACAGUUUGUUGUUUUCCUUAGCUAUUACAGGUGGUUAGUUCUACAAAUUGAAAAGCUGUAGAAUGUAUUUUUUAGGAAGCAUUGUGCGAGACGCACGUGGUCGCUCUAACUGUACCUGGAAUGGGUAGAGCCAUCCUUCUGUUCUUACCAAAGCCUGUUCAUUGAAACUCCAUGGGAGAAGUGGAGGUGGGUGGUUGUAUUUAUGGAUAACCACGGCAGAAGUCUGAUUUGGUUGGAAAUGUUAACUUGAUUUUUUUGUUUGUUUUAGUCAUUUUAUUUUAUAGAAAGAUUUAAGUUAAAUAUAUAGACAAAAUACUUAAUGAAGCUGGUUUUUUGCUUUUGUGUUGCCACGUACUAACAUAGACGGUUUUUAUUUUUUAAGUUCAUAGAUGUAAAAUAAGUUAUUUACCUGACUGAUCUGCAGUGGAAAAAAUCUGAAAUGUUUCUCAUAUAGCUGGUAGGGAAGGAAGGGUGUAUUAGGUCACUUGUACUGCACUCCUUUUGAUGGUUCGAGUCAUAUCAAGGCAGUAUUAUAAGCUGUACUUUGGUAUGCUGGCGUUAAAUUUGUAAAAUAGUAUUUGUUUUCUGUUAUUUGAGGCCUAACUUUGUAGUCUCUUUGGGCAUCAACUGCAACCGUUGGUUUUGUUUUGCUAGCUUGCAUUAAAUGUGAGACUGGUGAACAUUUACACGAUGUUCAUUUCAUGGGAACAGUAUUGAUGCAUGUGAAUGAACUCAAAUUAACAUAGGACUUUAAUCAGAUGUGGUUGAAAUCUUGGAUGCUGAAAUCCUUGGAUGUUGAAACUAUACCUUCUCAGUGAAGACAUUUAAAAUUUACAGCACAGUAAAAGCAGUUGGAAAAUGCAUGUUUUAAUUUAAAUUUUGUAACUUUUUGAUAGCAUAAUUACUUUAAUAGCUAGCCUUAAUUUCUGGCAUUUUAUUAUAUAAACGUGUAUUGUGUACCAUUGUAAAUUCACAUAUCAUUAUCUCUAGAAUGUUAUCUGUUGCUAAAUGCAAAGUUCUUUAAGUUGUUUGUUCAGUAGGGUGAAAAAAGACUCUGAAGGCCUUUCCUUUAAGUUCCACCAUCAUAAAUUGACCGUUACUAAAAUAACAUUAAGUAAUUUUCAUCUCUGUAUUUAACAGAAUUUGUUUGCAAUUUUGUAUGGAGCAGGCUCAGUGAUUUAUUUGGAGAGUAAACAUGGCAGGCAGAUUUCCUCUUCUGGAUUAUCUCUGCCUUUAUCCACAUUAAAUUCUCAGAGAAACAUUAAUCUUCUUACAUUUUCGGCAGUUUCAGUGAUAACUUGCUAAUAUAUAUUGGCAUAGUGGUUCCCUCUGUCUACAUCUGGUAAAUCUUUAAUUUGAAGAUCCUUUUCACACAAGCUCCUGCAAUCUGACCUCACUGUAAAUUGUACAAAUGCCUGAGUUGUGUGGUGAAGGGAGGGACUGAAUGUAGCAAUCCGAAGCCUUAGCGAGUCCUUGGCCGUGUCUGGAGCUGCGGAGCACUGUUAUGCAGUUGCAGUCUUGUAACUGCUGAGAAUUUAUAUCUGGUGUGAAAAUCCACUUUUCUGGGAUAACAGGAACUAACAUAGGUACUUACACGUUUAGAUUGAAAACCAGCAUUUUAUCAGCAUUGCGGAACAUGAGAGAGGAGGUGUAUGCUUAGAGCACUGUCAGAAAAUCCGAUUCAAAUAGAUUUAGUCUUGCAUUGGCCUGGAAGAGAUCUUCUGAGAUAUAAAAUCCAAUCUCUGUCCUAUCAUGUGUCACAUAAUCCCUUUAAUAAAUGGUGGAAGCUCUGUCUCAAAGGUAUUUAGGUGUAUUUUCUGUAGUCAAAACGAUGCGCUUGCUUGCUGAGUUUCUGGCAGAUCUCAUUUUCUCUACGUGCCCCUCAGAAGCUGAGCAAAUACUGAUUCGUGCUCACCUUCGUUUUACAUCAUAGCUGCUGGCUGCAGGAAGAUGAACAAAGGCACUAAAGCACAUGCACUACAGUGCACUGCAUUGUUCUCUGCUCCUCUAUUUACAGUUGGUUUGGGCAAGAAAAAUAUCUCCAUGCAAGCUCAUGGCCUCUGACGGAUUCAGACCUCACCGUUUUUUAAUCAGCGCUGAAAGCAGAUUUCAGCACUUGCUAAGUUAGCUUUCUUGGGAUGGGGCAUUGUAAAUAGAGGAGUCAGCAGUUCUUCUCACACCCUGACAGUUACGGGAGCUCAGCUGCUCCCAGCACCUUGUAAUUCUCUGCCAGUGCAGCCCUGCAGGUGGACCAGGGAGAUCUUUGGAUGACCAAGCUCUUUUAAACUUAAAUUAGUUUAAACUUCGCUGUUACUUGGGUGAAGAGGGAAUAUUCCAGCACGUUUGCUGCUCUCUGUUUCCCACAGGACACGACGGUUCUUUCUUUCAAGUUCUCUGCUGAAUGCAUAAGAAGCAAGUGUGGCAUGAAAAGCUAUGGUGUGGAGGUUACUUCUAUGGUCGACUAGAUUUACGCUAAUUUAUUGUUAAAGGUUUUCCUUUAGAAGCUCCAAGUGAGAGGGGGCAGCGCUGCAGCUGUUGGUACCACCGCUCUGACCCGUGGUGUCCUGACCACGGGCGUUCACUCGGUGAUUCUUCACAGGACUUUGUUCAGUAUCCAACGUGGCUAAAGAGCCAGCAAGCCAGAUAUUUAAAAAAUGAUUCUUCUAUCCGAGAGACCUUUGUUAUAUCUACAGGGAGCAGGAUUUUUUUCUUAAUGAAUACAUAGGAACUGUAGCACCUUAAUGAAGUUAGAGUCUGAUAGAGCCAAACAAAACAGUAGUGUAGUUGCUUUCCUCAGGCCACAAUGUAAAAAUGUCUUUUAUGGCAGCAAAAUGAAGACAGUGGUGCCACAGUCAUUGGAGCUCAGGGCAAGGAGGAGCCCGGAUGCUGGCCACCACCUGGAUAACUUUCUGCUUUGCAUGUUAGCAUUUACAGCCCUGCCAUUUUACUUCAAGAUCUGAUCAAGAUCUUGGAGAACCUUCCUUGUGUUGAUGUGUCCACAUGUGUUUCCCAGUCCCUGACUUCUAAUUGAUAGCAGAUCCGAAAUGAGGUCAGAGAGAGUUAACCUUCCUCGGUCCCAGACAAGCCAGGAUGCCCUGGCACAUUUUUUAGUCUUACAAAGGAUCAGAACAGAUAAAGGGAGGGAAAGGAAGAAAACUUCAUAGCAUUUCUCUAGCUAGGAAGGUGGUGGUGUUUGCAGAGCUUUUACUUGUUUUUCAGCCUCUUUUUCUUGCCUCAGUCCUCGUCCUUCGUUUCUGUAACUACUGCACUCCUGGCCCAAGGGCAGUCAGCGGGUCCAGAGGGAAGCAGAAACCCUCUUAAGCUAAAACGUGCUUAAACCAGCAACUAAGCAAGGGCUCACGCGCUUCUCUGCGCCGAAAGCAGAAGGGAGUUACUGAGCCCCAAGCUGCUCUGCUCUUAUGAAAUAUCUUCCGCAGUUUCCAUGCUAGGUAAAGCCCCUUUCUCCCUGAUCAUCAGUCACCCAGGCUGAAAGGGUGGAAAGAGCAGAAACUGGCCAUUCUAGAGCCAUCCACUGAAACCGAGCUGUUGCGCUGUCCUGCCCCGGUCUCUGUAAGCAAGACGGGCAGAGCGCUGUUUGUUCUGUCAUAAAGCCUGGAAAGCCACGGCAGCUCCGGCCUCACGUUGUCCCAGCAGUUUGUUGAAUGUUUUGUGUUAACAAACCAAGUUAUUUUUUGCCUUACAGGAAGCAACCAAAAAUCAGGAGAUGGAUAAAUAGUUGGGUAGGAUCUCUGUAUGUACAGCUCAUGGAAAUAAAUUUGCAGUAGCAGCCAUACAACAGGUUUUUUUGUUUUUUUUUUUGGUGUUUUUUUUGGUCUUGUUUUUAAAAGUAAUUUGAUUUCAUGGCUUUCUGUAGAAUAUUGUAAUAAUUCUGCUGUAAAUACAAUAAAAAUCACAGUUUGCUGAGA